UGUUAAAUAUGGUUGUAAAAAGCAUUGUUAUAAAACAAUAUAAUCAAUCUUAUGCCUUGAAGUGUUGAAUUUCAGAUAAGUUUACAAAUAUUUUCAUGCUUUAAAUCAGUUUUAAAUGCCACUUUAUAAAUAAAUUAGCAACCUACUUAUCUAUUUUAAACUAAUUAAAGAAAUUACAAAUCUAUCAUUUCAGAUAUUUUCUUAAAAGUUUCACAAGAUAAGAAAAAAAGGGUUGAGAAUUAACAACAAGAUGGGACUAUACUUAGUGCUGAUGUUUGUUUUAAAACAAUUAUCAAUAGCUGUUUGCCUCAAAGAACUUAAAAUUUUUGUUCCUGAAGCAGUCAUUAUGGGCAACGCAGCUACCCUCUCUUGUCAAUAUGAUUUGGAUAAUGCAAGUCUUUAUUCAGUCCGAUGGUACUUUGAAAGCGAAGAGUUUUAUCGUUUUGUUCCAAAAGAAGCGCCACCUGCUAGAACGUUUCCAGUAUCAGGAAUAAAUGUUGAUUUGACACAUUCCGAUGCUACUUCAGUGACAUUGCGAGGUGUAACAAGAGACUUGACAGGACAAUUUCAAUGUGAAGUUUCAGAGGAUGCUCCAUUAUUUCACACAGAUAUCCGAACAGCUGUAAUGCAAGUAAUAGAAUUACCAAAUGAAGAGCCACGGAUGAUUGUGGAGAAGAAAACUCUAUUGGCAAAUGAUAAUUUGAAAGCAACAUGUACUGUUGGCACAUCUUUCCCUGCUGCAAAUAUAACGUGGUACAUUAACAAUAAAAAAGUCAAUAAACUACCUUUUCAAAGAAUUCAAUAUCGAUCAUUUGAAGGUACACCAACUUAUUCCGCACUUGAACUCUUUCCUCAUUGUCCCAUACUACAAGAAAUUUAUCAAAAUCCUGCACCAUUUACAAAUGUCGUCACGGUGUCUUGCGAAAUAACAAUUUUUCAUAUUUACCAUAAAAAUCUUCAACAACGUAUAUUGUUGGCAGAUAUGUCAAGUACAGUUUCACCUAAUAUCUUAGGAUGGGAUGGGACAAAAGGAAAAAAGAAUGGAGACCCUGACAAUUCGGCUCUAACCGGAGCUUCAGGUUAUUCAAUCAAAAACGGAAAACCGAUAUUAUUUAUGAUUAUAUCAUCAAUUUCUUUCCUCCUAUAUAAUCUUUUGUUCUCAAUAUGAUCAAUAUAAAACUCUAAGAAAAAAGAAAUAGAAAAUGUAUUUGUAAAUAAUAUUGUUAAGCAUAACAUUUUUAUUGACGACAGUGUCAAGGUAUAUUUCUAAGAACCUUAACACCAGCAACCAUCAAAAUAAAUUAGUUUAGAGCUCAUAGCGAUAAUAUGAAAUGAAACAUACAUUACUUAAAUACACAUUUAGGUUUGAUUCAAGAUAAUUAAUACAGCAGUUCUAUGAUACAAAAGACACAUUUUAUAUAAGCUACAUUGCUUUAUGCUCAAAAUUUAAUUUGAUAAAGCAAUUUAAAUAGAAACGCGUUGAACAGUUACGGAAGAAAAAGAAAACAUAUUUUCUCUCUUGUGAAACCAAAACAUCCAAGCAUAUUGCUUGUCAGAUUUUUUCUAUCGAUUUUGUUUAUUCAAAAAAAAGGAAAGUAAUAAACUUUUUGAAAAAUUGAUAAUUCAAUUAUCUAUCUAGAGUUUUCCAGAAUAUCCCUAAUAUAUUUUAAAAACAGUUUCUAAGCUCUAGGUGGAAUAAAUUUUUUGGCAUGAAGAUAAGAAUAAAAAAUGGACGAAAGAAUUUUUCAUACACAUAAGCAUCAAACAUGAAUGUGUGUAAAAACUCAAACUUAUAUGCAAUUAUGAACAUAAAUAGACUUUGUUGUAAGAUCGCUUCAUUCCCACGAGAAAGUAAAUUUUCUAAACGAUAAUUGAUGUUGAUAAAAUAAGCAACAUGUGAAGUUAAAAUAUAUUCUAUCUCGUUAUAUUUUUUAUCAUGUUAAAGAGAUACCUACAUGAAAUAAAAAGCCUUUUUUAUGAUGAUUCAACUGAAAAUCUUUCAAAAUUCUCAGCUCAAAUCUAUUAAGCUUCAUUUUCAUAGAUUGAUUAUCUGCAACAUUGUAAUUUAAAGAUCACAUGGAUUUUAUAAAAACAUAUUAAAAUUAAUGAUUUUUUUAUAAUUACCAAAACAAGAUUAUUCAAAUGUACAAAGUCAGAUAAGAUUGUAUAAAGAAAACGAAUAUUUGUUAUGAACGUUAACUGUAAACGAAGGAUGUGUUUGAUAAUAAGUCAACUUAUAAUUAAUAUGACGUAAAAUAAAGAACACUAUAAAAUAAUUAUUCCAUAA